CUUUUAAAAUACAAAACGUCUAGUCUACUCUCACAGUCGAUUUUGUAAUGUUGUCGCAACUAUUAUUAUUAUUCACUGCGGUCCUGCUCUGCUGUGGCAACUGCGCCUUUGCCACCACAGUCGACUGGUGGGAGUCUGCUACACUCUAUCAGAUAUACCCGCGAUCGUUUAUGGACAGUGAUGGCGACGGAGUGGGCGAUUUGAAUGGCAUUACGUCACGUCUGGAAUAUCUCAAAGAAAUCGGUGUAACUGCAACUUGGCUUUCACCAAUCUUCGAGUCACCGAUGGCAGAUAUGGGUUAUGAUGUAUCUAAUUUUACUAAUAUCGAUUCACUGUUUGGCACAAUAGAGGAUUUUGAUGCAAUGAUUGCAAAGGCGCAUAAACUAGGACUGAAGAUUAUUUUAGACUUUGUGCCCAAUCACUCGAGUGAUGAGUGCGAGUGGUUCCAGAAAUCCAUACGUCGUGAAGAUGGUUACGAUGAUUUCUAUAUGUGGGAGGAUGGCAAAAUUGAUUCGCAAACUGGCGAACGUGUCCCACCUAGCAACUGGGUGAGCGUCUUCAGUGGUUCGAUGUGGACGUGGAACGAGCAACGUCAGCAAAAUUACCUGCAUCAAUUUUUGGCAAAACAACCGGAUCUCAACUUCAGCAAUCCAAUGGUGCGUGAGCAUAUGCAGGCAGUGUUGCAGUUUUGGAUUGAUCGUGGUGUGGAUGGCUUUCGUAUUGAUGCAGUGCCACAUAUUGGUGAGAAACAGUACGCGAAUGGCACAUAUCCCGACGAACCGACGAGUGGCUGGAGCGAUGAUCCCAAUAGCUAUAAUUAUCAUGAUCACAUCUACUCAAGAGAUCAACCGCUGACACUUGAGGUUGUCUACGAGUGGCGCAAGUUCUUUGAUGAAUACAAGAAUCAGAAUGGUGGCGAUACUAUAGCUUUGAUAGCUGAGGCCUACACCUCGGUUGACGUUUUGAGCGACUACAUUAAUAAUGGCACACACGCAGGCACACAAAUACCAAUGAACUUCAAUUUAAUGUCGCUGGAUUCCCAUUCGACGGCUAGAAAUGUUGAGCAGCUUACCACGGUAUGGAUGGAUACAAUAUGGGAAAGACAUCACAGCGCUAACUGGGUGCUGGGCAACCACGACAACGAUCGCCUGGCUACACGUAUGAGUCAACGAAAGGUGUAUCUGAUGACUAUGCUGGUGCACGCAUUACCAGGCACAUCAGUGACUUACUAUGGUGAAGAAAUUGGCAUGUCCAAUGUAGACACUGAAUGUACUGAAGUUUCUUGCGAAGAUCGUGAUCCUGAGCGCACGCCCAUGCAGUGGACCAACUCAGCGCACACCGGCUUCACUACUGGUCCAACUACAUGGCUGCCGGUAUCUUCCGAUUAUGAGGUAAUUAACGUAGCAACGGAACGCGGUGUCGCACGCAGCACUUUGCAGAUCUUCAAAGGAAUGACGAAGUUGAAGCAAACUCCAGCUUUCAAAGCGUUCAAGGAUGAUAAUGGUUUCUCGUUUGGUGCCGUGUCGGAGCAAGUAUUUCAAGUUGUAAGAACCGCCGUCAAACGUGAAGAAUAUCGAAUACUCGUAAAUAUGGGCAAUAGCAUAGAAUAUAUGUAUGGCUUGGCAAACCAAACGAUGGAGUAUGUGCUGCUCAGUCCGUACUCUCCACACAGCUAUGGCGAAAAAGUUGAUUUGAGUCAGCGCAUAUAUUUGAUGCCAUUUGAAGCGGUUGUUCUCUACUCGUCGGCUGAAAGCAGCUGAUAUGUUCCAGUGCUGGAGAUGCAGAGAAUUGUAGUACUUAAAUUUUUAUUUUCUACAUAGCAAUUAACCCACAUUUGUACGUAUAUUUAUUUGUAUAGUAUUGGGCAAUAAAGUUUGCAUCGGUAUCUUUA